UCUUGAGCGUACAGCGCACUUCACUUGAGACACGCAACACGGAUCUCGCGCUUUCCGCGCUCGUGAAACAAACAUAAACCAAAAAACCCGGCUUCACUGGGAGACACGGCUCUGCUUCACUUCUGGGGGGGACAGUAACACCAUGGAUGCCUUGAGAGCAGUCGCCUUUUACACGCUCUUCAUUUUCCUUUGGAGUUUACCUUGUUGCCAGUCAGCUGCGCUUCUAUCGCAGAAAAGGAGCAAGGGUGCCAGGAGCGCGUAUGAUGGACAAAGGUCACCCAAAUUUCUUAAAGAGAUUUUCGCAUCCUCCCCGGGCGCGAGUCGUCGGGAUGAUUUAAAGGACCCGGUUGUGCCCCACGAUUACAUGAUCUCUAUAUACAGGACUUACUCCGCCGCUGAAAAACUGGGGCUCAAUGCAAGUUUUUUCCGCUCUUCAAAGUCUGCAAAUACCAUAACGAGUUUUGUAGACAGGGGAAAAGACGAUCUCACGCUCUCUCCUUUGCGAAGACAAACGUAUCUGUUUGAUGUCUCAACCCUCUCAGACAAAGAGGAGCUGGUCGGUGCUGAAUUAAGGAUAUUUCGCAAAGCGCCCGGGGAUGUCCAACCGUCCCCAUCAGGCGUCUACAACAUUCAUUUACUCUCAUGUCGAUCAGAGAGGCCACUGGCUUCCAGAUCCCUUGAUCUUCAGGAUUCCCGAAAAGCAGAAUGGGAGGUUCUGGACGUUUGGGGGAUCUUUAAAAACAGGCACCAAGGGAAUCAGCUUUGUCUCCAGCUCAAGGUUACGCAUGGCAAAUCUGACACUGAAAUCGACCUAAAGCAACUGGGUUUCCACCGGCACGGCCGAACGCAACAAGAAAAGGCCAUUUUGGUGGUCUACACGCGGUCUAGGAAGAGAGAAAACUUGUUUAAUGAGAUGAAAGAGAAGAUCAAGUCUCGCGGAGACCAUGAGGAGGAGGAAGAAGAGAGCGCGCUGCAGUUUAAAGCGCGGCGCAGGCGGAGAACUGCGCUCAAUAAUCGCCACGGGAAAAGGCAUGGCAAAAAGUCCAAAUCGAGAUGCAGCAAAAAGGCACUGCAUGUUAAUUUCAAAGAGCUGGGAUGGGACGACUGGAUCAUCGCUCCCCUGGAUUACGAAGCCUACCACUGCGAGGGCGUGUGCGACUUCCCAUUGAGGUCGCACCUGGAGCCGACCAACCACGCCAUCAUUCAGACGCUCAUGAACUCCAUGGACCCCAACAGCACGCCGCCGAGCUGUUGCGUCCCUACAAAACUCAGUCCCAUCAGUAUACUAUACAUAGACUCUGGCAACAACGUCGUGUACAAACAGUACGAGGACAUGGUUGUCGAACAGUGUGGCUGUAGGUAGCGAAUCACACACGAGGGUUUGGCACCAAGACAUAAAAUAAAACUUGAACGAUGCGUAAAGACGCGCUUGAGCCGCCCAAACUGCGCAUUCUCACCUAUGCAAAAGGGAUUCUUCAUCAGAGACAUUUUAAAUGAUCUACACCGGCCACUGCUCAUGGUUGUGCCAAGAGCGCGUGUAUAGUUUUUCUAGACUUGGAACAAAAUCUUGUCAUUUUUCCUUACACAUGCUGGGUUUCUUUUUUGUAAUUACGUGCCCAAAAACAUAAAUAUUUCUAUAACGAUUCGUCUGUCGGACGAGGCAAGUAGAAGAAACGCCAGAUUUAGUGCAUAACCGUCUGGACAGGAUUCACUGAGGAUUGUGUUACACCAUUAUCUGUGUGGACUCAGAAGAAUGCGGAGACGGGCACCUGUUCAAACUCAUCUGUUAGUUAGGCUAUAUGGAUAAGAUACUGUAUGGUAUAUGGAUAUGAAUGAAUGAGCAAAACUAAGUGCCCUGGAAACGCUUUUUUACGACCACCGGUUACGCAUGGUCGACUCAUAUUCCGUUUUUGGGGGCAAAGGUGAAUGUACCAAACACUAAACACGGCUUCAUCCCUGCAGUGAGAAAGAGAGAGACUGGCUGAUGCUUUUGGAGGAGCAUCGGACAACUGUUUUUUUGAAGUGCCUGGACGUUUUACUGUAGGUAAAAAUCAAUAAAUGUCAUUUUGUACUUUCAGAGAAGUCAGAAAAUGGAAAUCAUCAACGUUUGCAUCUUUACAAAAUGCACUUCCGCAAGUGUCCAAGUAGUCUGGAAGGAGCGUUUUUUCACGACCUAUUGACUGACAAGGAAAAAACAAAACAAAAAGAGACUCGCAAGCGAGAUUAUAUUUAAAUGCACAUUAGCUUUGAAUGCACUGUUGUUCAUUAUUUGAGCUGUAAAUAUUUGUAAAGUAAAACCUAAAGUGCAACGUAUGAAGAAAUGCAAAACCACAUUUCUUUGUUAAUGUACAUUUAUAAAUGCACUCAAAUCGCUAUAAUUUCUAUUCUAUAAUUAUUUUAUUAUUUGUGAUGUACAGAGUUUCAUGAUAAUCGUGUAUUUCUUACGCUGAUAAAACAAAAUUAAUUUAAAAUGUAUUCAUUAUUGCUGAGGGUGGAAAUACCAUUAUCGAUGUCUACCUCAUAAUUGCAUAGAAUAUACGUUCUGAGGUGCAUUCAGCUAGAGUUUAAGGUUUUCCCAAAUAUAUAUAUAAAUAUAAAUACAGUAUAUCAAUGGAUAAUACUAUAUCCACACUAUUACUGUACUAAUAAAAGGAAUAAAUGCACUUUGUGUGGUGCCAGUGACUCCCCAGA